AUGCUUUAUUCUAAAGAAGAAAAAAGAUAUCUCUAUUGUGGUAAUGUAGUGAAAGAAUUCAUUACAACAGAAAACACAUAUUGUGAACAGUUAGGUGUUGUAGAAAAUUUAAUCCAUCAACCUUUAAUAAAACAAGAAAAACCACUCUUAACUCCUGAACAAAUUAAAUUAAUAUUUGGAGGUGUUUCAGUCAUUUACGGUGUCAAUACAGCUUUAUUACAGAAUUUGAGAGAAAAACUUUCAGUCUAUACACAAAGUUCUCGAUUUGGUCAUAUUGUAUUGACUUUUACUCCAUUGUUGAGAGUUUAUAGUGAUUAUUGUCAAACAUAUCCUCAAGUCAGUCAAUUAGUAAGUUCUAUGAAAGUACCACACCCUUUUGGGACAUUCUACAAACUACAAAUGAAACAAGCACCAGAACAUCUACAACGAUUUGAUUUACUCUCACUUCUAAUCACGCCAAUCCAACGAUUACCAAGAUAUAGACUGUUAUUGAAGGAUUUAUUAAAACAUUUACGACCAAGUGAUAUCGAUUAUGAGGACGUAAAAAAGGCAUUGAAUGAAAUCGAAAAAGUAACUUCAUUUGUUAACACUCAAAGCAAAAAACAAGAGAAUAUGGAAAAAGUUGUUAACUUAUAUUCUCAAAUAAAAGGAAUACCAGAAGAUAUUCAACUAAUUCAACCUGGAAGAGAACUUAUCAAUUCUACUUCAGUAUUAAUGAAACAAAAAUAUGUCCAACUUACAGACAAUGGAAAAGAGAUUGCGGUCUUAACAAUUCCUUUAUUUAACCAAAUGAAAAAAGAACCAAACAACUUGUUAAUAAAAACCCCAACUAUUACUACUAAUUUUAUUGAAAAAGAAAUGCCUGUUGAUAUUAUAUUAUUUACUGACAUCAUUUUGUUUGUUGAGAAAAAUAAAUCACUUUUCUCAGGUGAAACUCUUCAAUUCAGAUUAGUUAUAAAUAUUGGAGAUGCUGCAAUUUUUAGAAAUAACAAUGAAAUUCAAAUCCGCUAUUCUGAAGAAACAAUCAAACUCAUUUUUGCUGAUAAAGAAAAUGAAGACUUAUGGUACAACAUUCUUAGUGACACUUUUGUUCAUUGCCAUGACAUCAUACAAAAUUUACAACAACGCCGUAAAUCACUUCGUUAUUGA